UUGAGGCCGACAAAGCUACUUCUUUAUAUGUCUUGUAAUACACUCUGCAAGAAGAACAAACCAGUUACAAGGAUCUGUCUCUUCUCCAUGGCCAAUCCUGUGUCUCUCCCCCUGUUUCAAAAAGUUUAUAUUAAAAACACAAUCCCAAGAGCUGUAGAUGUCACCAUCUUGUUGCUUCUCUUUUGUAUCCUCACUUAUCGUCUUCUCACCCUCCGGGGCUCUGGGCUUGCUUGGUUUCUUGCUUUCUUGUGCGAGUCCUGGUUCACUUUCAACUGGCUUCUCGUUAUUGCCACUAGAUGGACUCCUCUGUCAUACCAAACAUAUCCAGAACGCCUCCGCCAACAAGUACAAGAACUUCCUCCAGUGGACUGUUUUGUGACAACCGCUGACCCUGUGCUGGAGCCACCUAUCCUCACUGUAAACACUGUGCUGUCUUUGUUGGCAGUUGAUUAUCCACCCAACAAACUAGCUUGCUACGUUUCGGAUGAUGCCUGCUCCCCUCUUAUCUUUUAUUCUCUUGUUGAAGCGUCUAAGUUCGCUAAGCUUUGGGUACCAUUUUGUAAGAAAUAUAAUGUUCAAGUUAGAGCCCCCUUUAGGUACUUCUUGUAUGACCGGCCUGUACCAUCCGGUGCUAAUUCUGGGGAAUUCAAGCAAGAACACGAAAAGAUGAAGGAUGAGUACGAGAAACUUUACAGAAAGAUUGAAAAUGCAACGAAACAGCCUUUUCCGUUGGCUCUGACCGGUGACUUAGCCGUCUUUUCGAAUACGGAGCUCCGAAAUCAUCGGGCUGUAGUGAAGGUCAUAUGGGAGAGCAAGGAGGGUCUUCCAGAUGCAGUGCCACAUUUAAUUUACAUAUCCAGGGAGAAGAGGCCAAAUCAUCCACAUCAUUACAAAGCAGGAGCUAUGAAUGUACUAACUAGAGUCUCUGGGCUGAUGACAAAUGCUCCAUUCAUGCUUAAUCUGGACUGCGACAUGUUUGUCAACAACGCACAAAUUUUCCUUCAGGCGAUGUGUCUUCUUCUGGGUUCCAAGAACGAAAGAGACUGCGGAUUUGUUCAGUCUCCGCAAUUAUUUUAUGACAGACCUGAACAACUACUGAUUUUGCACGAAUAUCUGGGAAAAGGAAUAGUGGGAAUUCAAGGGCCUUUCUAUCAAGGGACUGGAUGUUUUCACAAGCGAAAAGUUAUCUACGGUCUAUUGCCGGAUGAGGUAGAAAUCCAAGGAGGACGUAUUUACUCAGAUGAGAAAGAAUUACUGAGGGCGUUUGGAAUGUCGAAAGAAUUCAUCAAGUCAGCUGCUGAUGCUAUGAAAGGGAAGAUAGAUUAUUAUCCUAACAACCUAUCGGCAUCUCUUGAGGCAGGUCACCAGGUUGCAGGCUGUGGCUAUGAAGACGGUACUAGCUGGGGUAUAAAGUUUGGGUGGAUGUAUGGAUCCACAGUCGAAGAUAACUUAACAGGGUUGACCAUCCACAAUAAAGGCUGGAGAACAGGGUACUGCUCACCUGACCCUCCAGCCUUUCUAGGCUGUGCACCACCUGGUGGGCCAGCGGCGAUGAGCCAACAAAAGAGGUGGACCACGGGAUUUGUUGAGAAUCUAUGCAGCAAACACAACCCCAUAAUUGGCACCUUCAAAGGCAAGCUCCAAUUCAGGCAGUGCUUGGCGUAUUUGUGGCUCCUUCUUUGGGGCUUACGCUCCAUCCCUGAGCUGUGCUAUGCUCUUCUACCUGCUUAUUGCAUCAUCACCAACUCCCAUUUCUUGCCAAAUGUACAGGAGCCAAGUACAUAUAUUUUUGUUGCCACUUUUGUGAGCUACAACCUGUAUACUCUAUCAGAGUUCAUACGAACUGGUUUCCCCAUUAAGACAUGGUGGAUUAACCAAUGCAUGACAAGAAUUAUCACACAGAGUGCAUGGUUGUUUGGAGUUCUCAAUGGGGUGCUCAAAGUCUUAGGAUUAUUAGAGAUAAAAUUUGAAGUUACACGAAAAGGUCAAUCAACUUCGGAUGAUGAUGGUCAAUUUGUUUUCGAUGGGUCACCGGUUUUUGUACCGAUCACAACGGUUGUAAUGCUACACCUGACCGCAUUGGCCACCAGCUUGUUUAGGUUACAACCACAAUCAAUUGGGCAGGGGAAAUGGCUGGGCGAGUUGUUGUUCAGUGUGUUUGUGUUGGUUUCCUUCUGGCCAUUUGUGCAAGGUCUGUUCAGGAAAGGAAAAUAUGGGAUUCCCUUGUCCACAAUAUUUAAAUCUGCUGCUUUGGCUAUAUUUUUUGUGCAUUUAUGUAAGAGAUUCGGAUGAUUUGUGUUAAUGUUGACAUGAAAUGGCAAAUCUUCAUCAUUUAAAACGUC